ACAUAUUUCCUAUAAAGUAUAAUUAUUAUUUACAUUUAUUUAUUCUGUGUAAUUUAUAACUCGUAGCAUUAUAGCAACGAUAAUGUUACUACUGACUAUUGACCAGCGUUUGAAGUCUACAUUUUUACCAAAGCUCAAUAGUACAAUAAAAAAACGUGGAAAAACAAUUUAAAAACAUUACUUAGUCAAAUAUGGAAAGAGAAAAUGCAAUGAACAACGACAGCGACACGGAAUCCAUGGCCGAAAGUAGAAGAGAAGGAACGGCCGUUUCUGAAAACGUCGCUUGCGAUGAAGAGGAUGAAACUGUGGUUGAACGCCUUUGGGCUCUUACAGAAAUGUUUCCCAAAUCUAUUAGAAAGCACACCAAUAACCUAAUAAGCAUCACUAAAAAAGCGAUUGGUAAAACUUAUUCAUUUGCAUGCGAUUACACAUGGUGUAUAUCUACAGCAGGAACUCUGCUUGUUUUGCCUUGUCUUUUUGAAAAUGAAUGUGCUCGUGUAAAAGAAAUACAGAAGAGAAGCUCAAGAAAGUUACUUUUCGGAACUGACCAUGGAAACGGAAGUUUAAGCAACGGUACAACUAUAUUACCCUAUUAAAAUUCAUUGCUAUUUUUAUGUACAAUUUUUCUAAGUAUUAUGAGUACUUAACUUUUAUAUAUAUUUAUAUUAAAAAUUAUUUUUUAUAACUAUAAGUACUGUUUAUACAAUUGUAAACUAGUGACAAAGUAUUGUUUUUCAUUUCGAAUUUUAAAUGGCAACAUUUUACAAAUUUGAUUCAAAUUGUAAAUAUUAACUAGUCUGUUGAUUAUUUUAGUUUUGAUUGAAAUUCAAUAGUCUAAAUCGUGUGGUUAUUCAAAAUUAUCUUGUAAAUUACUUGUAUCUCGAAACUGUUUCCGAGUUACACAAUAUAUCUUUUUGUUUUUUCCUCUUUCCCAUUAAUUUGUAGAUAAUAAAAGUACAAAUAUAAAAAAAAAAACAAUCUAUUAUGUAACAAUAUUCUAAAUGCUAAAGGUUAAAAACUGCAUGACUAUGGAAUCCUAAUCGAGGACAGAGUUAUACUCGGCUGCUAACGCUAUCAUGUUAGAACAUCCAAAUCAAUAAACUCAAUGAAAAUAGCUAUUUUCUCCGCUUCAUGGAAAAAAAUUGAAUCAUGAAUAUGUGUGCUAGCAUUACGGUUUCCCGCAAAAAUGUAAUGUUUUUACAUAAAUAAUAUGAUACAAUAGGUACCUAAAAUGUAUGAUAUUA